GGCGGGGCCUCGGCGCGCGGGCUCCCGCCAAGAGAGAAGAGCGCGGGACCGGCCCCACGUGUUCCUGGGAGCGGGAUCGGGAUCGGAACCGCGACCGGGAUCGGAACCGGAACCGGGAUCGGAACCGGGACCGCGACCAUGGCCCAGCUCCGCCUCACCGAUUUCUUCGGCCAGACAAAAGGGACCACCGGAGCCCCGGCCAAGCGCAGCGGCAGCCGCCUUCUCAAGGCCGCCCUCGCCGGUCCCCCGGUGCACCGGGAGGAAGAGGAUGGUGUCCCGGCGGGGCUCAGCGGCCGCUCGCUGCCGCUUCCCGGCUCGCCGCGCACCCCGGCCCGCGGGGGCUCCCCGGCCCUGCGGGGCCUGGCGGGCAGGAAGCGGAGCCGCCGGGAGAUGGAAGCGGGGUCGCCGGUCGGGGCCCGGCUCGGGGAACCGAGCGGGAAGUCGGCGCGGAAGAAGCUGGAGCUGCCCCGGGAUGCGGAGCCGGGGUCUGCGGCAGCGGCCACCAGCUCCUCGCCUCUGGCCACUCCUAGACCUCCGACACCGCUCUCACGGGACCCGGCCGUGUCCCCCCCGGCCAGCACCACCGGCUCCCCGGGCCGUGGGCAGGACACGGGGACAGAGCCCGGCCCAGCCGCCCCGGGGCCGGCCCGGCGCCUGCAGCGGGUACGGGCUGCUCCCGGCUCUGCUCCCGGCGCGGGUGGAUUCGGUGCCGCGUGUCCCGCUCUGACCCUGUGUCCCCUCCCUGCCCAGGAGGACGUGGCCGAGCUGAAGGGCCGCCUGCAGAGGAUGAAGGUGCCGAGCCAGGUCCCCUCUGUCCCCAGCGGGACCAGCAGUGACCUGCGGAGCCGCCUGGAGCGCGUGCGGCAGCUGGAGCUGCGCGUCCGGCAGAGGAGAGCGGCCAGCGGGGCCGGGGACACCGGGGCUGGGGACACCGGGGCAGCAGCUCCAGGGGGAGAGACUGGCCAGAAGCCCCCGGCGUACCAGCGGUUCCACACCUUGGCCCAGGAGCUGCCCCCAGGGCUGACACUGCCCUACAAGUUCCGGGUGCUGGCAGAGAUGUUCCGCAGCGUGGACACCAUCACCGGGAUGCUCUUCAACCGCGCCGAGACCAUCACCUUCGCCAAGGUCAAGCAGGGUGUGCAGGACAUGAUGCGCAGGCAGUUUGAAGAGCAGCACUUGGGGCAGAUCAAGGCUGUGUAUCCCAGCUCGUACCGGCUGCGCCAGGAGAAGAACGUCCCCACCUUCGGCAGCGGCGGGAAGAAGAAGUCUGAGUAUCAGCUCACGCUGGAGCCAGUCCUGGGGGAAGAGGAGAAGGUGGAUGGGCGCCCGCACCUGUCGGCGUCACGGCUGCUGGAGCGCCGGAGGGAAUUCCACCGCAACCUGGUCAACAUCGUCAGGGAGCACCACAAGGCAUUCCUGGCUGCCCUCAGCCCUCCCAUGGUGGUGCCAGAGGAGAAGCUGACCCGGUGGCAUCCCCGUUUCAACGUGGAUGAGGUGCCGGACAUCAGCCCCGCGGAGCUGCCGCGGCCGCCGCAGGAGGACAGGCUGAGCACGGCCCAGGAGGUGCUGAGCACAGCCCGGGGGAUGCUGAGCCCCAAGAUGGAAAAAGCUCUUGCCAACCUGGCCCUCAGAACGGCCGAAGCCAGCGCGGGGGAGCCGGCGCUUUCCAAAGCCCCGGCCCCUGCCAGCACCUCCGGCGCGCUCAGAGGGGUGUCCCAGGGGCUGCUGGAGCGGGUGCGGGCGAAGGAGGCGCGGCGGCUGGCGGCGCUGCUGACGCGGGACGCGCGGCAGGAGGAGCGGGCGGCGCGGCUGGCGCGGCUGCCGGCCAUGGCGCGCCUCCUGCGCGGCGUCUUCGUGGCCGAGAAGAAGCCGGCGCUCAGCAUGGAGCUGCUCUGUGCCCGCCUGGCCGACAGCUGCCCCGAGCUGGUGGCACCAGGUGAGAUGGAGAAACACGUGCGGCUCUUCGCCGAGCUGCUGCCCGACUGGGUGGGCAUCCACGCCCUCAGGACAGACAUCUACGUCAAGCUGGACAAAGAGAAGGACCUGGGCCUCGUCAUCGAGAGGCUCAACAAGGUGGCCAAGGAGGCUGGAGCCCUCUGAGCCCCUCAGGGUCGGGGUUUCUUCUGUGCAAUCUCCUCGAAAUGUAGCAAAUCCCGACAGCGCUCUGGAGUCUGGGGUGGGCUGGAGGGAGGUUCGUCCUCGGGUGGCUGAGGAAGGGCAAAAUGCCUUAAUUUAACUACUUGCUGUGGUGGGAGCUGUGAGCAUUGUAGGUCCCCUAGUCCUGGAGCAGUCCUGUGUCCUGGGGUGGUGAUGAAAGCAACCUAACCUGAGGAACUUUUUCUUCUCCCUUUCUUGGUUCUCCUGAAGGUUCAAUGCAUGAGGGGUCUCCUGAAGGUCCAAUUUCAGAGGUUUCUUCCAUUAACUGGGUCCUGGUGGGGUGAAGGCAGAACAGGGCAGGCUGAGAGGGUGACAGGCAGGAAGGAGUGAGAGAAAAAGUCACAAAUUGAUGUUUCUGGAGCUUCAGGCCUCGUUCUGUUUUUAAGGGAGGGAAAACGCAUCUUCCAGUCCUCACUGGAAACAACUGCAGGACUUGUCAAAACACAUUUGUAUUAAAUGUUUUAAAUAUAGUUGACUUGUGUUAA